GGGAGGAACCUAUAACCCACGAGAAACACAUGUUAGCAGAUGACAGGUCACUCAGGAUAGUUUCCAGACAGCCUGAAGGCUGAAAUACGGAGUAGCAAUGAAAGGCUGACUGAGUCUGAAUUAUGAUUGUUUCUUUUCUUCUUCUACUUUUUUAAAAUAUUACUUACUAACAACAACGCAGUCAUGUCCGGAGCGUUAGCAAGGCUACUGUUCUACCCGACUUUAGCUUACAAUGUUGUCAUGGAGAAGGUGUCCUCGCGACGGUGGUUCGACCGAGUGGACGAGACGGUCAUCCUCGGAGCGCUGCCGUUCAGAUCUAUGACCAAACAGCUGGUUGAAACAGAAAAUGUUCGAGGGGUAAUCACCAUGAAUGAGAAGUAUGAGACCAAAUAUUUCUGCAACUCAGCUGAGGAGUGGCAUGCCGCUGGGGUGGAGCAGCUCAGGCUGAGCACCGUGGACCUCACCGGCGUCCCCAGCCUGGAGAACCUCCACAGAGGCGUUGAGUUUGCACUGCAGCACAGAAAGCAGGGAACCAGCGUGUACGUGCACUGCAAGGCCGGACGUUCUCGUAGCGCCACGCUUGCUGCUGCGUACCUCAUACGGUUAAACUGCUGGACUCCAGAGGAGGCGUGCCAGAAGCUGGCAUCUGUUCGACCGCACAUCCUGGUGCGCUCAGCUCAGGUGGAGAUGCUCAGGAAGUACUUCCAGCAGGUGUGUGGGCAGUCCAGCUGAGAGAGCCGGACAGCAGAUUGGAUCUCACCGUGUUCCCACUCUGGGCUAUAAUUCAAACCACAGUGAAAUAAAAAAUAGCUGCUUUCAGCCAGUUCUCCAUGUUCUAAUGAACUAAAUGUUUAUUCUUAUGUUUUAAAGUCAGGUUUUCAGGAAUUUUACUUGAAAACACAGGGUUUGAAUGACAAAUCCCAUGAAUCAUAAUGUUUUUUUUUGCAGUUUCUGAUUCUUUUGUUUGGGUAAAAACACAACGCAUUGCUUUUAAAACCAUCAUCCUGUUGUAUAAAAUAAAACUAUUUUGCUAUAAAACACUCCACCCAAUAUUUUUAACAUUUGGCUGCAGCUUGAAAGGAAGAGGACAUUUAAUGAUUCAUUCUGUGAAGCAGUUACUGUGUUAAUUGGAGACAUUUUAUUGCAAUUUAUUUUCUUUUUAUAUUGUACCUCAACUUUCCAAUACUGACUCAGAUGGUAAAUAAAUAUUUGUGAAAUAAAAACAGACUUGCAAUGUU